GUUAAGGGCUUGUAAGUAAGGAUUUCACUGUAAGGUCUAAACCGGUUGUAUUUGGCGCAUGUGACAAAUAACAUUAGAUCUGUUUUGAUUUCAGCCUUGGAACUAGAAACACAGGGACAAGCUGUUGCCUGUGGGGUCUUUGUGGCUGUGCUCUGUCUGCUUGAUUGAUGAUAUGGGAGUGGCUCUUAUAGACCACAUGGGGAUUCAAGGCAGAUUCAUUCCCUCCAGAACCAUCAACUGUGUUAGCCUCAAUUUCCUCCCAACCCCAUCUUCCAAAAUACAUGAAAUCUUAUCAAGUUAAAACAUUCCUAAAGAUUAACCUAGUAUGCACACCUGCCUUUUUAUCAACAAGAAGAGACAGGUGUGUGGGUUUAGGGGUGGUAGUGGUUGGUGUGUGUGUACAGUACUAGUCCGUACAUUUCUUUGUGUUGGUGUUAUUCACACAUGCUGAUUGGUUGGAUGCUUAUUAAACCUAUACUAUACUGAGUGGGGCAUGCAUUUCGUUCUUCAGUGAAAUGAAAAAUAAUUCAAUAUCUGUGGUGACCAGGCGCUGUAGUGAACAGUAGCUGUUAGACCACUCUAGGGGAAGGAAGUCAGGGAAAACCCCAGUUUUGUUGCAAUCCCCAAACUUGCAUCAGAGAACGUCUGUUAGACGAUUAGCAGUUGUUCCCAUCAUUCUUGUUUGUAAUGAGGCCUAUGGGUAUGUUUCAUAACCAGUAGUGGUAUUGGCUUUCGAAGAGGUAGUCCACAGCUUAUGAAAAGCCAGGAUUCUACGAGUGGGGUGGAGACUAGACUGUCUCAUCCAUGAUCCACCCCAUGUUGCAAUAGCUGCUGUGGCUUACUCAAUAACUGUUUCCUACAGGAGCAGCAGGACAUUUGUCUGUCAGCACAAACAGCAAAAAACUAAUGUCUCAACUACUUCAGCAGAGGAACUUACAUUCAUCACAGCAAUGAGAAGAGCAAAGCAUGUUACAGAAGCUGUGCUGUGUGAUUCUACUCAUCAUCCAGAAGGACACAGAAAGUAUACAGGUGAUUGAAGGAAGCAGGACUGUGGUACAGGGGGAGGAUGUGGACUUAUCCUGCAGACUGAUAGAGACAACCGAGGACCUCGAACAGAUAACAUGGCAGAAAAGUACUUUGGAAGAAACACAGAACCAUAAUUUUCUGCUGAUUUAUCCCAAUGGGGUUACUAACUUUAUUGCACCAAAUGGAUUGAAAGGUAGAGUCCAGUUUAUUGGAAACCCAUCAGAAAACCUUGGAUCUAUUAGAAUAACAGCUGUCAGACUGUUGGAUGAAGGCACCUUCACAUGUAUCUUCAGUGUUUUCCCCAGUGGACCAUACAAUACAGAGAUUCCUCUGACUGUGCUUGCUCCUCCAGUAGUGAGUGUGACAGUUGAUGUUCCUCCUGUCAUUGGGGAGGAUGAGGUUGUCUUGGCAACCUGUGUGGCUGCUGGUGCCAAGCCACAGGCAGAAGUGAAGUGGAUUUCAGGUACAUUCGGCAGUUUGUUGAGGACAAUGACAAACUCCACCCAGCACGCCAAUGGAACUACCACAGUACUCAGCCACCUGCUCGGGGUGCCAACCAGAGCAGCCAAUCAGCAGCAGGUCCAGUGUGUGGUCAACCAGUCUGCCCUGGCAACAGAAAGGAGCUACAACUACACCAUAAACAUCCACUAUCCACCUCAGUCAGUGAACAUCACCCUUAGUGAGGCCUCUAAAGCCACAUUCUUCCUAUGUGUAGCAGACGGCAACCCACAACCCAACUACACCUGGAGCAGAGUGGUCCAACCAUGGCCUGUGUCUUCAGUGAGAGCAGAGGGAGACAUACUGCACCUCAUCGGUCUCAGCUCUGAGCUGAAUGGUCUCUAUGUCUGUGAGGCCUCCAACCCCUACGGACGAGCAACUGGCUCCCUCUAUGUACACACAUCCUCUGAGACCUCUGCUGCCUGUUGGGUUCUACUCAUUGUCAUUCUAUGUCUGAUUGUUACUGCGGCUGCACUCGUAUGGUACUGGAGGAAAUACGGACAGUGUCCUUGGAAUUCAAUCAUGGCCAAUCACCAGUUCCAGGCACCCCCACAGGUUGAGGAAGAUGAACCUGGGACGUCUGGGUUCUAACACUCCAAACCAGGAAGGCGGAUAAGGACGAAGUAUCAUGAUAAAUCACUGUACAGGCUGAGAGCAGAUGCCAGAAGAAUCUCAGACAUGCAAUGGGUGUGGGAAGAUUUCCUGUCUGCACAUUCUCCAUUGUUCUAACCAUUUGCAAAGAAGAGGCACAUUCUCCAACCAUCUAAUGAACAGAGACCCUAGCAGUAUUCACUGUGACAUUAGAAACCUCGGCUCUGCCCCUCCUCCACCACAGCUUCUCUUGUGGACUGCCUUGUCAUGGUGGAGGGGCUUUGUUUCUUCAGCGGGAACAACAACUCUCCUGUAUGUACAGUGGGG